AAAGAAUCAAUACGCGAAAACAACACGAAUCACAAACGCAAGGAUCCACAGGACUCGAAUCAGAUAUUUAUAUAUCCAUCUCUCUUCUCUGAUUCGAUCCAGACUUGCCCAGUUGCCCUGGAAACACAAAGAUGAUGUCUUUUUCUUUCUCUUCACCAUUCAACACUGACGUUUCCUCUUUAAUGUGACCUGCCCCACCCAAACCAACCGUUACUUUCCUCUUUCUCUCUUAUUAACGGCUAUUUCUCUCUUUCAAUACAAUCCCACAUUAUUUCGCAUCCCUAGAGAGACGCUGAAGAACCUGAGCUUUUAGAGCGAGAGAGAGACAGAGUUCUCCACCAAGAUGGAUUUCUCUUCGUUCGUGACGUCUCUAGGGACGUCGUUCCUUAUUUUCCUUGUGUUGAUGCUGCUCUUCACUUGGCUUUCCAGGAAGCCUGGGAAUACUGUGGUUUAUUAUCCGAAUCGGAUCCUCAAGGGUUUGGAGCCAUGGGAGGGUGGUGGGUCCAGGACCCGGAACCCGUUGGCCUGGAUCCGGGAGGCCAUGGCUUCUACUGAGCGGGACGUUAUCUCCAUGUCUGGGAUUGACACUGCUGUCUACUUUGUGUUCUUGGCUACUGUGAUGGGAAUCCUGGUUUUAUCUGGCGUUAUGCUGCUACCGGCUCUUCUGCCAGUUGCUAUAACUGACGAUAGCUUGGCAAAAACAGCAAAGGCCAAGAAUGAGACUUUCAGUGACCUUGACAAGUUAUCUAUGGGCAACAUUAAUGAGAAGAGCCCAAGGUUGUGGGCAUUUCUGAUAGCCACCUACUGGGUUUCAUUUGUUGCUUAUUACUUGUUAUGGAAGGCAUAUAACCAUGUUUCAGCUUUGAGAGCCGAGGCUCUGAUGUCUCCGGAUGUUAAACCGGAGCAAUUUGCUGUUGUUGUUAGAGAUUUGCCGCCGGUCUCUGAUGGCCAAACCAUAAAGGAACAGGUUGAUUCAUAUUUUAGAAGUAUUUAUCCUGAUACAUUUUACAGAUCAAUGGUGGUCACAGACAUCAAAGAGGUUAACAAAAUUUGGGAAGAGUUGGAAGGGUAUAAGAAGAAGCUUGCACGUGCAGAAGCAAUAUAUGCAGAUUCCAAAAAAUCAGGCAGCACUGAAGGAACAAGACCAACCAACAAAAUUGGCUUCCUUGGUCUUGUUGGUAAGAAAGUAGAUACCAUAGAUUACUGCAAUGAGAAAAUUAAGGAGCUAAUCCCUAAAUUGGAAGCUGAACAAAAGGCCACUCUGCGAGAGAAGCAGCUACCUUCCGCUAUCGUCUUCUUCACCAGCAGGGUAACUGCAGCUAAUGCAGCUCAGAGUUUGCAUGCGCAAAUGGUUGAUACAUGGACAGUCACAGAUGCACCUGAACCUCGUCAAUUAAUAUGGUCUAAUCUCAAAAUCAAGUUUUUUGAGAGAGUAACACGACAAUAUCUUGUUUAUAUUAUUGUGGCUCUGACCAUAACAUUUUUCAUGAUUCCAAUUGGGCUGAUUUCUGCUUUCACUACCCUGGACAAUCUUAAAAAAUAUCUACCCUUCUUAAAGCCAGUUGUCAAUAUAGAUGCGAUCAAGACCGUGUUGGAAGCUUACCUCCCACAAAUUGCACUUAUUUUGUUUUUGGCUUUGUUGCCCAAAUUCCUUUUGUUUCUCUCCACGAUUGAGGGGAUUCCUUCUCAGAGCCAUAUAGUAAGGGCUGCUGCUGGGAAAUACUUUUACUUCACGGUUUUGAAUGUUUUCAUUGGAGUUACAGUUGGUGGAACCUUAUUUGCUACAUUCAAGACUCUUGAGAAGCAUCCUAAUUCAAUCUUUACCUUACUAGCAAACAGUCUCCCUGGAAAUGCAACAUUUUUCGUGACCUUUGUUGCCCUGAAGUUCUUUGUUGGCUAUGGACUCGAGCUUUCUCGAAUUGUUCCUCUAAUCAUAUUUCAUCUGAAGAGAAAGUAUCUUUGCAAAACAGAAGCGGAUUUGAAAGCAGCUUGGUUGCCUGGAGAUUUGGGAUAUGCAACUAGAUUUCCUGGUGACAUGCUUAUUUUCACAAUAGUUAUUUGCUACUCUGUCAUAGCUCCUCUGAUCAUCCCAUUUGGAGUAGUGUACUUUGGCUUAGGAUGGCUUCUUCUACGAAACCAGGCACUUAAUGUUUACCUCCCAUCAUUUGAGAGCUAUGGAAAGAUGUGGCCUCACAUGCAUGCCCGCGUUGUCACUGCUUUGUUGUUGUAUCAAGUCACCAUGUUUGGUUUCUUUGGCGCGAAGAAAUUCUUCUAUGCUCCAAUCCUUAUUCCACUCCCCAUACUGUCCUUGCUCUAUGCCUAUGUGUGUUCCAAGAAAUUCUACAGAUCUUUCGCUACCACAGCUCUUGAAGUUGCUUCCCGCGAAUUGAAGGAAACUCCAAAUAUGGAAAAUAUCUUCAGAUCUUUCAUCCCAGCAAGCUUGAGCUCUGAUAAGAUCGACGAUGACCAGUUCGAAGACGCGUUAUCCCAAGUUUCGAGAACUGGAUCGAUGGCAUGAGUUUAUAUUCACUAAACCUCUGUUGUUUGCUGUAAUUCAACUGCUCUCCUUUGAUUCUAGGUUGUUUUUGUUCAUAGUUCUUAGCAAUCACGUUGUUGGUUUGUAGUGGGCUGUAUAGUAUUUCAUAUCUUAGAUUUUUGUGAACAGUCUGUAACGAAGCUUGUGAAUGUUUUUAUGGUACAUUAUGAUUGUGCAUGAAUGUUGAAUGAAGAUGGAAGAAUUUUUCCUGCU